AUGGCGUCCUCACAAACAAAUCAUCUAUCUCAACUCCGAGCACUAGCCCAGCAGCACCUGCAAGAAAUCGAAUCAGAAAAGGCCGAAGAACAAGCUCAACAAUCCCAAGCCGAAGCCGACAUCGAGAGAUACUCCAAAAUCGGCUCAUUCGGUCGCAAGAAGCUUGCUAAUGACAAGUCUCGUCUACAAGACAACGAACAAUAUCUUCCAUCAGACUCACACGAGCAAAGCACUAGUGACGUAGACUCAAAAAAGCAACGUUUCCGACCAUUUCAGGAUAUCUUGUUCAGACUGAGGUGGGAUCCGAAGCUGGAUAUUGAGGACUACGUCGUUGGCUAUCUUGAGCGCUUUGAGGGGAUGAAGGAGAUGCCGGCGAGUAAUUGGAUUAGGGACUUUAGCGAAGAGGAGUGGAUUCCAAUGCAUAGAGUGCGUUAUGUCAAGCGGGUGAGAAGUCGGCUGGGGGCGUCUAUGUCAGAACAUGGGCCUGAGAUAGGCAUUGUCUGGGAUAGACAUGGAAGGAUAGAUAAACUUUCACGGACACAGAGCGGAAUGGCUACAGUUGAACUGUCUACACGAGAGGAUGUAUUGAGUAUAGAUGGAUCUAGUGUAACUGGAGGAAUGGCAUUAUGA